UGGCUGCAGCUACGACCAACUGCCGGCAGCCACAAUCUCUCACAAGCUGGAAACGUUCUGCUCCAUUGAAACAAGAUUGUAUCUUGAAAGAAAUACACACACUAUGUAACUUUAUCAUCAAAGGGGAGAGGGGGCCGAUAAAAUUGCGCAACGCCAAGCGUAAUAACAUCGGGUCACCGGAGUGCCUUAUUCCACGACUCUGACCGAACGAGUUCACGCACAGUCAUCCACACACUGAUCCAUAUCUGCCCGUAUCAUCUGGCAAAGUGCAGCGGUUGAUCGACCGAGAUGGAGAUCUGCGUCGACUCUUUGGAAUCCGCGAGGGCCGCGAUCUUAGGCGGUGCCAUGCGACUGGAGGUCUGCUCGGCCCUCUCGGAGGGCGGUUUGACCCCGAGCCCGGGUCUGGUCGGACAGAUAAGGAACUUCGGCAGGGUCCCGAUUCGCGCCAUGAUCCGCGUUCGCAAGGGUAACUUCGUCUACAGUCGCGAAGAAGUCGAGGCGAUGCUGCACGACAUUAGAAUCCUCAAGGACCACCAUGUGGACGGAUUCGUCUUCGGCGCGUUGACCUCCGACAGCCACGUCGACCAGGACGUGUGCUGGCAGGUCGUUUCCGCCGCUCGUCCAUUGCCGGUUACGUUUCACCGCGCCUUCGACGAGACGACCGAUCCGUUGAGGUCGAUGGAGACUAUCAUCGGACUCGGCUUCGACAGGAUCCUGACGUCGGGACAGAAGGACACCGCUCUCGAAGGACUGGAGAUACUGAAGCAUCUGGUGGAGAGGGCCGCCGGCAGGAUAAUAAUCAUGCCCGGGGCGGGGAUCAGGUGGGAGAAUAUAUCUAGGAUCAAGCAAUGCGGCGCCCGGGAAUUUCACGCGUCCGCGAGGAAGAAGGUGUACGUUGGCCCGAACGCGCACAGGUUCGGCAAGGACGAUUACAUCGAAAUAACCGACGGGGAAUCAGUGAAGGCGAUGGUGAACAUCGUCAACGACGGAACGCCUGGCGAAGGAUAAAAGGAUUGAAAUCGAUUGUACGCGCUAUCAGUACAUAGUUAUUUGUGCAAAUUACUAUGUCGAGGUAAUGCCUGGCCUGAUCCAGCCGACAGUUAAGACUAAUGAUAGCGCGCUGUUAUAAUUUUAUCACAAUGUACGCUAUAUUUUUCUAUGAAUAAAUCUUCCGGACAUAAACGUUACUCGGACAGGAAUAAUGGCUUGGUAACGAAUGAGCCUUUAUCGAUCGCAGAAUGUUCGUUGAAUUUAACCGUCGAAGAU